AUGGCUUGUUUGAAUUGGAGUAUUCAUACAUCAGUUCUUGUUCUCUGUCUUGUUUUUUCUACUGUGCCGUUUGUCUGUGGAUUUACAGACCCUCGCGAUGUUUAUGCGAUAUACCAGUUACAUACUAGUCUGGGCUCUCCAUUGCUUCCUAACUGGGUACCUGGGCCUCAGGCAGACCCCUGUGGGCCCCCAAGUUGGCUCGGAGUAGAAUGUGUGAAUGCAAAUAUAACACAAAUAAAUCUAAGUGGGGCGAAUUUGGGCGGUCGAUUGAGUGAAGACUUGGGAUCGUUUGCUUCGAUUAUGAUCUUGAAUUUGAGCAACAACCAUAUUGGAGGCCCUAUACCGACCAAUUUGCCGAUCACUCUCACGAUUUUUGAUCUCUCUUAUAAUCAGUUUGGCGGGCUUAUUCCAGACACUCUAUCUUCAUUAGGUCAAUUACAGAAGUUGUCUUUGAAGAACAAUCAAUUAGCUGGGCCAAUUCCGGAUGCUUUUCAGUCGUUCACGAGUUUGACUAGCAUGGAUUUAUCUGGAAAUAGUUUGACUAAUGUGCUUCCUUCUUCAAUGGGUAGUCUGUCAUCUCUGACCACAUUGCAUUUGCAGAACAAUCAGCUUACUGGAUUGCUCGAUGUUCUCCAAGACCUUCCUCUAACAGAUUUGAACAUAGAGAACAACCUGUUCUCCGGGCCUAUACCCCCAAAAUUACUUAAUAUUCCUGAUUUCAGACAAGGUGGCAAUCCUUUUAACACAACCAUCAUACCUUCCCCACCAUCUUCGCCUCCUUCACUAGCCCCUUCCGAGGCUCCUGCAAGUCAAUACAUUGGUCAAGUUCCCGUGCAUGGACCACCCGUACCAACUGUACCAACUGUAUACAAUGUACCUUCUCCACCUCAGGAAACUGGAAAAUCGGGGAAUAAGACCACGUGGAUUGCUAUUGGUGGGUUUUUGGUGGUAGCACUGCUCGUUUUGGUACUAUGUGUUUCAGUUUUCAGAUGCUGUAAGACAAGUCGGGCGGGCGAGAAGAUCCUCCCGGGUGGGACCCACAAGCGGAAUACAUCUUGGCAAAGCCCUUUUGUCCAAGAACAGAAAGCUAGCAGUAGUCAGAUAAAGACUGGAUUUUUAAAGCCGGGUAAAGAUCAUAGUAUAGACAUGACGAGAUCGGAUAAUGCAUCACCUGGGCCCCUCCCUUUCCCCCUUCUUCCAGCUGAGAGGGUUGUUGUGGAUCCUACCGUUAGCUUGAUGGCCAUGAAAAAAGAUAGCACUUCUAAAAUUUUGGAAUCUACACAAUUCUUCACAGUUGCUUCUCUUCAGCUGUAUACAAACAGUUUCUCUCAAGAAAACCUUAUUGGGAAAGGCACGCUCGGGUCAGUUUAUAGAGCCCAGCUUCCUGAUGGAAAGGUUGUGGCUGUGAAGAAGCUGGACAAGGCGGCUACAGGACAUAUAACUGAUCGGGAGUUCCUUGAUCUUGUUGCGAAAAUCUCUAAACUUCACCAUGAAAAUGUGGUUGAACUCAUCGGUUAUUGCCUAGAGCACGGGCAACGUUUGCUCGUCUACAAUUAUUGUCGAAACGGGACUCUUGAUGAAGCACUAAACUUUGAUGAUGCUAUCAAUGAGAAGCUUUCGUGGAAUGUUCGCAUGCGUUUGGCUCUUCAAGCUGCAAAAGCGCUCGAAUAUUUGCAUGAAGUGUGCAAACCACCUAUUGUGCACCAGAACUUCAAGUGCUGUAACGUGCUCUUGCAAGAUGAUCUUUCUGUUUGUGUUUCUGAUUGUGGUUUGGCUCCUCUGAUGUCGACAAAUUCCAUUGCUCAGCUGCAAGGUUCAGGUUACGGUGCCCCGGAGCUCGAAUUCGGGAGCUAUUCUUCACAGAGUGAUGUCUACAGCUUUGGAGUUGUUUUGUUACGGCUUUUAACGGGUCGGAAAUCUCAUGACAGGUCGCGUGCUCGGGGGGAGCAAUCUCUCGCGAGAUGGGCAUUUUCGCGACUUCACGAUAUAGACGCUUUGUCGAGAAUGGUGGACCCCACGAUGAACGGUGCUUAUCCGUCCAUGUCACUAUCACGCGUGGCAGACAUAAUAUCGUUGUGUAUUCAGCCCGAGCCGGAGUUCAGGCUGCCAAUGUCCGAAAUCGUCCAGAAGCUUCAACGCAUUAUAAAGAACUGA